AUGAAUCCGAUAUCUGAGUCUAAAGACAAAGAAUCGCUUGAAGUUGAUAAGAGAACUGAUAGUAGUUCUGAAAUGGAUCAAGCUCUUUCCAACUUGUCUACCAAUCCAAACGUAUUCCUGCAGACAUUCAAAGUUGUAAUUAGAGGCAACGGGAAAAAACGUGUAGCAAGAGCUAUUAUCGAUACUGGUUCACAGCGGUCAUAUUUACUACGAGCUACAGCUGAAGAAAUGAGCUAUGAGCCUACCAGCUGUGAAUAUUUGCAGCACUCCCUAUUUGGUGGCAAGCAUACUGGGGAGUUAGCUGCUUAUAAUGUAAAUAUUGUGGAUAAUUGUGAAGAUAAUAUUGAAAUCCUUAUCGGAGCUGAUGUAGCUGGGAAGCUCAUGACAGGAGGUUAUCGUGAAAUGUCUUGUGGACUCGUAGCGAUUGAAACAAAACUUGGGUGGUCUGUAAUGGGACGAAUAAUUGAUACUGCGAGAAGUGAAUGUUCAUCUUUAUUAGUUCAGUCCAUGUUAUCUACAGCAGAGACAAUAACAGACUUAUGGUCCUUGGAUACUCUUGGCAUAACUGACCCAUCUGUGAAGAAAAGCCAGAUCGAGUUGCAAGAAGCUGCUCGAAUGCAUUUUCUAAAUACAGUUCAUUUGGUAGAUGAUCGUUUUGAAGUAGAUUUGCCUUGGUUGGAAGAUCAUUCACCACUCCCAGAUUAUUUUGAUUUAGCAAAGGGAAGACUGAACAAGACUGUUAAACGUCUUAAAACCGAGUCUAAUUAUGAAGCUUAUGAGAAUGUUUUUAGGGAAUGGCUUGAGGAGGGAGUAAUUGAGGAAGUUGCCAAAAAUGAUCAGGCUUCAGUACAUUAUCUGCCUCAUCGAGCAGUUAUCAAGGAGAAUAGCACUACAAAAAUCCGGCCUGUCUUUGACACUUCGGCCAAGGCAAAGGGAUUUCCUAGUUUUAAUGAUUGUCUUGAGAAGGGGCCGAAUCUAAUAGAGCAGAUUCCGAGUAUUUUAACCCGAUUUCGAAAAGAGAAGAUCGAUGUUAUUGCUGACAUCCGAAAAGCCUUUCUACAAAUAGGUGUUUCACCCACAUAUAGAGAUUACUUGAGAUUUUUGUGGAUUGGUAAUGAUGGUCAGCUGAAAGAGUACAGACAUUGCCGUGUAGUUUUUGGUGUAACGAGCAGCCCUUUUCUUCUAAAUUCUACUAUUCAGCUUCAUUUACAAACUGUUUUGGAAAAAAUAGGAACUGGAGAAUCUUCGUAUCCAAAAGAUGUCAUUCAAAAACUUGCGCAUAGUUUUUAUGUCGACAAUUGUGUUAGUUGCGUUAAAAAUGAAAAAGAACUACAUCGUUUUAUUAACGUUUCGACUGAGGUAACGGCCGAGAAAAAUUCGAGCUUAGAGGCUCAUAGAUUGUUCGAUCCUCUUGGUAUAUGUUGUCCUGUCAUCCUAAUUCCUAAAUUAUUGCUUCAAGAAACGUGGAAGCAGAAAAUAACAUGGGAUGAAGAAGUUGAUAAAAUUACAAAAAAUACAUUUUUAAAAUGGCUAAAAGAUAUUGACUGUUUAGAGAAAAUCCGUUUUCCAAGAUAUUUUGGUUCAGAGAUUGCAAGUGGAGAUAUUUCAGUACAUAUUUUCUGUGAUGCUAGUAAGCAUGCUUAUGCUGUCGCUGCUUUCAUCCGAAUACAGACUUGUGAUUCAGUUAAAGUACAACUUAUACAAGCCAGGAGUAGAGUUUCACCAACAGGAAAGGAAGGGAUUACUAUCUCUAGACUUGAUUUACUUGCAGCUACUGUCUCAGCAAGACUUUCAACUUCUAUUUUGUCAGAGAUACAGAGUGAAGAAGUUUACUUCUGGACUGAUUCUUCGACUGUCUUGACAUGGAUUAUGAGAGAAGAAGCCUGGAAUGUCUUUGUCCAGAAUAGAGUGAAGGAAAUUAGAGCGUUAACAAAUAAAAGUUCUUGGAGACAUAUCCCUGGUUCCAUGAAUCCUGCUGAUCUCCCGAGUAGAGGUUGUUUAGCUCAAAAUUUAUUGAAAUCUAACUGGUGGUUAGGACCAAGUUGGCUUUACUUGCCUAAAGAGGAUUGGCCAAAAGGAAAUCUAAGCUUAAAUGAAAGCGAGAUUGUUUGGGAAAAGAAAAAGACCAUAGUUUCAUCUGUGACAAGAAGUUUGAUUUCUACAAGUUUUGUUCCUAAGGAAGACUGGUAUUACAAAUAUUUUUCGAAAUACCAGAAAAUAGUUCAUCUAAUUGCCUGGAUUCUACGGUUUACCUUUAAUUGUCGAGCUGAAAAAAUUAAGAAAAGACAUGGAGACCUUGAUUUUGAUGACAUUUUUGAAGCCGAGAAGUUAUUAAUCAAAAUGGUUCAAGAGGAUUGCUUUGUAGACUAG